AUUUCAGCACUGGCAGUGAAUUUCGGAACGCAACCUAGUUUAGCAGUGCAGCUAAAGAAAACAGACCAAAAAUGUUAACCUAGGUGCACGGAUAACUUGACGGAAAGUUAGAAUUUCUUUCUUCGAAAAAUAUACGAAUGUAUAUUAAAAAAUAAAUAUCUCCCAAGAUGAAUCCUGUAUUGCGUACGAUUCGAGCUUGUGUUUAUUCUGCAAGACAUGCCAAAUACAGUACUCUGCCGUCUGAAGCAGUAGUAUUUAUGGAAGAUAAUAUGGUUGCCUGUUGGCACCCAGAGAAACAGUUCCCGUACGAGUGUUCUCUGCCUCUACCCGAGGACAAGCACGAAGAUAAUUCUGUACUACGAGUUGGGGACAAGGAUGUCGCAGAAGUUUUCAAGAAAAAGAAACAGCUGGUGGUUAUCGACGAACUGAGCAAAAUGACAUAUACUACUAAGCAUAGAUGGUUUCCUAGAAGUAGAAGUAAGAAGACAAAGAAGACAAAGCCUGAUAGAUGUUAUCUGUAAUUAUCGGGACAAACUUGAAGAACCAAAGUUCUUUAUUUAGUAUGCUUCUCAUAUAUAUAUGUUCAUCUUUUUGUAUUGACAAAUGUUGUCUAAAGAUAACGAUAAUUACAUCUGUAUAUAUAAACGAUUUAUCUUA